UGUACUGCGCAUGCGUGCGGUUGAAGGGAAAAACAAACUUCCUGGGCGACAGGUGAUUAGAAAAUGUUGGAAACGAAGCUGUUGGAAGGGAUGGCCUGAAGCAGCAGCAGACGGUCACAUUCAGCGAGUAACCAGAGAAGGAGAAGACAUGGCCUGUGCUCGAGUCCCUCUGGAUGAGCAGCAGGUGACUGAACCUGGACCACUGGGGAAGGAACGAACACUGCCUGCUCUGCACCCAGAGAGAGCAGAGGACCGAUGCUUUGUGCCUUAUAAACCUCCUCCAGAAGAAGCCUCUCCUGCCGAGGUGGAGGAGUUUUUAGAACGUGCCAAAUUCAUCACCGAGGACCUGGAGUGGCUGCUGGCGCUGCCUCACGACAAGUUCUGGUGUCAGGUCGUGUUUGAUGAGUCUCUGCAGAGAUGUCUGGACUCGUACCUCCAUCACGCCCCUCGAGGCCUCGACCUCGCCGCCCUGCCGUCCUCUCCGGCGGUGGCCGACACGCAGCGCUCCGUCCAUAAGGCGGUGUUCCUGACCUUCCUCAGGAUGGCGACACAUAAAGAAUCAAAGGAGCGCUUCAUCACCCCAGCUGUGUUUGGAGAAAUCAUCUACGAGAACUUCCUCUUUGACAUUCCCAAAAUCCUGGAUCUGUGCGUGCUGUUUGGAAAAGGCAACAGUCAGCUGCUGCACAAGAUGAUCGAGAACGUCUUCACCCAGCAGCCGUCCUACUACAGCGACCUGGACGAGACGGUGCCCACAGUCUUACAGGUGUUUGACACCAUCCUGGAUAAAUGUGGUCUCCAGUGUGAAGGAGCUGCUGCCAUGGAGCCGAUGAAGCUGAACGCACACAAACAACCCACUGCCAUGACCAUGAGCCAGCAGGAUCUUGCAGAUUUAAUUGCGUACCUGUGCGACUCCACCACCACCAUCCAUGCCUUCCUGGACAUCUUCCCUGCCGCCUGCUCCAGCUUUUACUCCCAUGGCUUCAUCAGCAGACUGACCUCGUUUUAUGAGACUGCUGUGCCCGACCUGGAGAAGGCAGUCAGGAAGAGAAACUUUGACCAUAAAAGUCUUCAGGACGACUUGUGGAAGCGACUUUCUCACUCCUGCCGUAAGAUGGUGGAGAUGACUCACCUGCUGCUGCAUCACACCUGCCUACAGCCCAUACUGGAGGGGAGAGAAAACAUGCAGACGUCUUCAGAGGAACUCCUGCAACAUUUCACUUCGUUUCUACCUGAGAAAAGGUUCUUGUCGGACUACGACGAACAGUUUCCCAUCGCAGACGACAUCAGCCUCCUGCAGCAGGCUCUACCCGUCAUCGAUGAGACCAGGACAUCUUACCUGCUGCAGGGCGUUGAAAGUGCCUGGGACAGCGUUGGACGACGGAAACCUCAGAUUCAGAGUAAAACCUCAUCAUCUCUGUUGUCCAAUCAGGGCGCAGUGGGCGGAGCUACUGCUGCUGCUGCUUCGGGCGGAUUUAAAGCUCCAGAGGUCAGAGAGCCUGAAGGAGCCGAGGCCAUGCUGGAGGUUCCCCACAAAGGAAAUAAUGGCGCUGUGUGUCCAGUCAGCGGUGCAGAGCUGGAAUCUCUGCUGUCGUGUAUCAGAGAUCUGCUUCCUGAUCUGGGUGAAGGUUUCCUGCUGGCCUGUCUGCAGGAAUACGACUACAACUCUGAGCUGGUCAUCAACAACAUCCUGGAGGACCGACUGGCCCCGAACCUGGACAAACUGGACCGAGCCAUGCCGAGGCCGGUGAAAGAGGAGCUUCCAUCUGUGCUGAACAACAGAUCCAACGUGUUCGACGACGAUGAGUUUGAUGUUUUCCGCAGAGAUCAGGUGGACAUGUCCCGAAUCUGGAAGGGCCGGAGGAAAGGUGAAAGUGCUAAAGAGCUGCUGAACGACAAGCAGCACAUCGAGGAUCAGAGAGCUCGUUAUCAGGCCUACGAGACGGUGGUGGACGAAGUCAUCAUUGAACCCGGAGACUCUUCCUCCGCCGCCUACGACCUCGACGACUACGACGACGAGUACGACGACACGUACGACAUGAACCAAGUGGGAGCCAACGACCUGGACGGAGACACUUUACUGAACAGAAGACCGUUCACCAUCCCACAAGUGCUGAGAAAAGGAAAAGUAGAGGAAGAGGAGGAGGGCGAAGAGGAGCAAGAAGACGACACUUUACAGAACAACACAAACAGGGACCAGUUCGUGCAGGAUCCGGCUCUGCUGAGGGAAAGAGCUGAAGCCAGAAGAGCCGCCAUGCAACAGAGGAAAGGCAUCCGGCCGGAGCGUCCCAGUAACGUUGCGGGUCGACCCAAAGGCCAAGGACAAACCCUGGAGACAUUCCUGGACCGACGCAAGAAGGAGGCCAACAAGAGCCGAGUAUCCAACCACAACCGACGCACGAUGGCCGACCGCAAGAGGAACAAAGGGAUGAUCCCGUCCUGACCGGAGAGACGAGAACCUGCUGAUGUUCUGGUGUUGAAAGGUUGCAUUAGUUUACAGACUGAACUUUUAGACGGUCAGCUCAUUAAAAAAAACCAAAGUUGCGAGUGUGAGCCAGAGACUGACAACAAAGAAUCACACCUUUAUUUUUUUGCCAAGUAACAAAUCAGUUUAUUAAGAUCCAGAGUGAUAGAAUGAAGCUUCUUUGACAUCAUAAUCGACCGAUAGACGACAUAGGAAUGAGAUGCAGAGACGCCGGUGGUUUUUCCCCUCUGUAGCUUAAAGAACAAUAACUGACCUGGUGAUUAGAUCUGGACAUCGGCCUCUGAUGUGCUGCUUUUACUGCUCAUCUGUGUGAGCGUGUAGCGUUCAAGUGUUGCCGUCACCAAACUACCUAACGCUACUCCAUGACCAUCUUAUUACUACGGAGCUCUGGAAAGGUCACGGCAAGAAGGUUUAGAAAUCUGCUUCACAUUCCCUCUGAUUCAUAUGAACAGUCGGUCUGUUAACACGCUGCAUUUAGAGGCAUUUAUUUCUCAUUAUUCAUUUUAAAAAGCUGAUCUGUGAUGGUGAAGCUGUGUGAUUUAUGGUUAUUGUUUCAGCUGCUUCUGUGGAUGCGUCCAGCUGUUACUGAGAGAUGUUUGUUCAGUUAGGGCUGAAUAAUCAUCAGUUAUGAAACUAAAUCGCAAUUUAAAACAAACCAGUUAGCAGAUCACAAAUGCCGCAGUUAAGGAUAUAGAAAAUUGUGGCUUUGCUGUAAUUCAGGUAGAUUAAAACUAGAGCAGCAGUGUUUAAUUGUUAAUCGUCAGCUAUUUUGAAGAUCAGUUAAUUAGUUUGAGUACUUUUUUUUGGGAUACACAGUCUCUAUUCUCUGAUUUCAGCUGCCUAAAUGUGAAUAUUUUCUGGUUUCUUCACUCUUUCAUGACGGUAAACUGAAUAUCUUUGAGUUGAGGAUGUCAUUUCAGGCUUUGACAAACAUUUGUUACCAUUUUCUGAACCAAAAAACUAAUCAAAUAAUCAAGAAAGUGAUCAGCAGAUUAAUAAACAAGGGUAAUAAUCACUAGUUGCAGCCCUAAUUGUCUCAUGUCCAGAUGACAUAACAUGCUGUAGCUUUUGCUACGAUUACAGCUGUGACUCGUUUGUUUUUAGUCGUGUAACACACUAUCAAUGAUCAGUACUUAUAUUAAAGCUAUUGCACUUGAGAACUCAUGAAUACAAACAUCUGUCAUAGAAACAGCUGGAUUUAUCCACAGCAGCAGCAGAUUGAACCAAUUACCAAACAUCCAGUCAGUGCUUCACCAUCACAGAUCAGCUUUUUAAACUGAACUAAAGCAUCAUUUCUCCUCUUUAAAGAAUCUGAGUGUUUCCCUAAGCGUUAAACCGACACACCAGCUGUUCGUACGGAUCAGAAGGAACUCCUUGAAACAGAUUGUGAGGAAAUGCAAAUGAAAACCUUCCUACCGUGACCCUGCAGGACUCCGUAGGUUACGAUGCUGUGUUUUGGAAGCAUUUGCUGUUCAGAGGAGGCCUGGCGUCUCUGAAGCCUCCCUCAUGUUGCCAUGCACAGACUAUUUUCUAUGAAGAGAACAGAUCUAUCAGAGCGUUUUGUAACAAAGGAAAGCACAUGUAUGUCAUUGCUUUUUGGAGUUGACAUUGCAAAAAAGAAAAAAACAACAUAAAUACAAUAAUUUUUUGACA